AUUCUCUAUUGCGCAUGACUGAAUGGCGGAAUAUGAAGUAGAAGCCUCCUGUUUUUCUCCGAGCUUGAGUCCAACCCCCCCCGAAUCAACCUCUGAAAAACAAAAACGCGGAGCCAUUAAAUCAACAAAAAAAAAUUGGGGCAGGGUGGAGUGAUGGCCGUGUUGGGCCCAGCAUCUGGUGUCCAGAGAUGAUAGAGGUGACCUCAGAGUCACUUUUAACCCCUGACCCCGACCACAACCCCUGAGAGCGAGCUGAAACUGAUCACACACACAGGCUGCAGUGGGGUCCUCUUCCAAAUGAGUCCCACAGGCCUGAAGACUGUUUCACUGCAGCCACAGGCCUGAACAACAGCCAAUCAUGACAUCAAGCAUAGGGGAUGAUUCUAGCAUCUUCGACGGGUCGAUGGAUGAAGAUGAGAAGGACAAAGCAAAACGCGUGUCGCGUAACAAGUCGGAGAAGAAGAGACGAGACCAGUUCAAUGUCCUCAUCAAGGAGCUGGGCACCAUGUUGCCUGGCAUCACACGCAAGAUGGACAAGUCCACCAUCCUGCAGAAGAGCAUCGACUUCCUGUGUAAACACAACGAGAUCUCUGCUCAGUCUGAGUCCAGUGAGAUCAGACAGGACUGGAAACCUCCGUUCCUUAGCAACGAGGAGUUCACCCAGCUCAUGCUGGAGGCUCUGGAUGGAUUCUUCAUAGCGAUAAUGACAGACGGGAACAUCAUCUACGUCUCUGAGAGCGUCACCUCCUUACUGGAACACCUGCCGUCGGACCUGCAGGACCAGAACCUGUUAAACUUCCUCCCCCUGAAUGAACACUCGGAGGUGUACAAGGCUCUCUCCAAACACCCGUCCGACCCCGAGAGCCUCGGACCAGAGUACCUCAAGACCAAGAACCAGCUGGAGUUUUGUUGCCACGUGCUGAGAGGAACCAUCGACCCUAAAGAACCUGCCGUCUACGAACACGUCAAAUUCACAGGCAACUUCAAGUCGCUGAACGACGUCCCCAACACCACCAGGAAUGGUUUAGCAGGAGUGUUACAGAGAUCCCUACAACCUGCCUUUGAUGACCUGGUCUGCUUCGUAGCCACCGUCAGGCUGGCUAAACCACAGUUCAUCAAGGAGAUGUGUACAGUGGUGGAGCCCAAUGAAGAGUUCACCUCCCGACACAGUCUGGAGUGGAAGUUCCUAUUCCUAGACCACAGGGCUCCACCAAUCAUAGGCUACCUUCCAUUUGAGGUUCUGGGGACGUCGGGUUACGACUACUAUCAUGUAGACGACCUGGGGACACUGGCCAAGUGUCACGAACACUUGAUGCAGUAUGGCAAAGGGAAGUCGUGUUACUACAGGUUCCUGACCAAAGGUCAACAGUGGAUCUGGCUCCAGACUCGUCACUACAUCACCUAUCACCAGUGGAACUCCAGGCCUGAGUUCAUCGUCUGCACGCACACCGUCGUCAGCUACGCGGAGGUGAGGGCAGAGCAGCGUAGAGAGCUGGGUAUCAUUGAAGAGCCCCCCCCUGAAGUAACUGUGGACAAGCAGAGUCAAGACAGUGGAUCUGAGUCUCAGCUCAACACAGUUUCCAGCCUAAAAGAGGCCCUGGAACGCUUUGACCGUAGCCACACCCCCUCCUCCACCUCUCUGUCCUCACACAAGACCUCCUCACAGCUCUCAGACAACACCUGUACCUCAACAGCCUCCAAGCUCCACAUGGACAUGGCCACGCCCCCUCGUCAGUCACAUGUUGCCUCCACCGUCGAGAUGACAUCACAGAGACGCUCCUCCAUCAGCAGCCAGUCUAUAAGUUCUCAGACCACGGGACACAGUGUGGCUCCCGUCCAUCCUGUGAUACAACAACACCAACAACAAGAGCCGGUGCUAGAGUUCUCAGCCCAGGUGAAUGCUAUGCAGCACCUAAAGGACCAGCUGGAGCAGAGGACCAGGAUGAUUCAGGCCAACAUCCAGAGACAGCAGGAUGAACUCCGAGCCAUACAGGACCAACUACACAGAGUACAGCCCCCAGCCAUACAGGACCAACUACACAGAAUACAGCCCCCAGCCAUACAGAUGUUCGUGCAGCAGCCUGGCGGAGCUUUGAAUGUCCAGCUGCCUCAGGUGGGGGUGGUGCCACAGGGAGCAGUUCUGACCAAUCAGGUGCAGCAGACUGUCCUAAACCCAGCCCACACAGGAAGUCAGCUCACCAUUCAGCAGCAGCAGUCACCUCCUCCUCAACAGAACCUUCAACUACAGCAAAACAACUCUCUCGCUCAGGUAUUCAGCCAAGCAGUGGUCCAGCAGCAGCGUCAACAACAACAACAACAGCAGCAACCUGUCUAUAACAUGAUCAUGUCUCAGCCUGGCCAGCCCAACCUACUUCAGAUCAGUACCAGUCUACCACAGAACAACACACAACAGGCUGUAGCCACCUUCACACAAGACAACACUCAGAUACAGUUUCCGGCGGGCCAGCAGCUGGUGACUAAGUUAGUGACAGCCCCCAUGGCAUGUGGAGCGGUCAUGGUCCCGACCUCUGUGUUCAUGGGACAACCGGUCAUCGCUUACAACCCCUUCGGAGGGCAGCAGGGCGGUCAGACUCUGACCCUCCAGGCAGCCCAAUCCCAACAGAACCAGCCUGACAGCCAGACACAGACGACUGUAGUGGCACAGAGUAACCAACAGGGGGCGCAGCAGCAGUUCGUACAGGGCACCCGUCUUCUCCACGGCAACCAGCAGCUGAUCCUCCAGGCAGCAUUCCCCAUGCAACAACAGCAACAGGCCUUCACCCAGGUAACACAACAACAACAACAGUCUCACAACCAGAGGCAUCAGCUGCAGCUGAAACCACAGCCGCAGAAACAACCCAAAGGCCCGCCUUCGCACCGGACUGACAGCUCCAGCAGCCAAGCACAGUAGGCCAGGCGUCCAAUCAGACUCUAUGACCUGAAGGCUGAACCAAUCAGAGGUGUGGAGGGGUGUCCUGGAUUGUGUUGUGUGUUUUUCUAAUGGAACUACAGUGUUGGAGUCACCCAACCCCCCCCCUUCCUAUCGCCCCUACCAAUAUAGCUGCUGUGUUGACCCCCUCUUUCUUCCGCCAUAACAAACUGAGUUAUGGGUAACGGUGAGGGUGGCCAGCCCUUCCUCCUAGAAAGCUACUAACUGUGCAGGGUUUGGCUCCGGCUCUGCUCUAACACACCUAUUCAGUUGCUCACCGGGACCUUGAUGUUCACCUAGACUGAAUCAGGUGUGUUGGUUAGCGCAGGGCCGGAACUAAAGCCUGCAGUCAGGAGAUCUUCAGGAGGAGGUUUGGCCCCCACCUGGAUUUCACCUUCCUUAAGGAACUCCUCAUCACCGCGGUGACAAUAGUACGGACCGGAACCAUCGGAACCCUGUGUCCCGUAGCAACCAGGAGGAGAGUUGUUUGUUCGUGCGUUGGAGGAGAGACAAACUCGGUGUCCGUGGAAACCCAGUAGAACUCUGCGUUGCCACGGCAACGAGAGACUCCAAAAGGAACGUCGUGGUGAUGGACUGACUCUAUGGGUCUGUACAGUACAGACGUGUGUCACAUUAUACUAAAUGUAAAUAUCCAUUAUAGCUACAACGAAAAAACAACGGAAAUUACUAUUUUAUAUGAUUGCAUGGGUAAAUAACUGUACGUUUUUAUGAGUAACUUUUGGCAAAAUGUCUUUAUUCAGUGUUUUCCUGGUCAGUUCCUGGUCAGUUCCUGGUCAGAUAUGAGGUGACAGACGUUCAGCUAGCGUGAAGAGCCGCCUCUCUCUUCCACCUAAAGGUCUUUCGGCUCUGUUCCAACACUUUAGAAAAUGCAUCCAUCCUUCCAUCUUUCCUCCCUUCCUGCCUUGAGGUUAUCAAAGUCAUUCAGUUAAAGGGUGUAUUUCAUUUGUGUUGGAACAUGGCCCCCGGAGGGAGAGAUGUUGUGUCACCGUUCGUUUGAUGGACGGGCUUGGGUUCUAGUGGGAUGCUGGGAAAUGUUGUUUUUAAACUCAACAUUUUGAAACGUUUUAUCAGAACAACAACCACGUCUGAUCCAAUCCAAUCAUGACGACCAAACAGACCUACGGAUAAAUACAGUCUAAACCAGACCAGGGAGUCGGCAAUAU